GUGUGGCUUCUUCCGCGAUAUUUUCGGCGAUAGAGAGAGAGAGAGUGCGACGGAGAGUGAAGGCGGAGGAAGAGAGAGAUGAUACCGCAGCAAUGGACGCCGCCGUGUGGGAGCCAAUGCACGCAGAAGUAUGCAGCACUUAUGCAGAUUCCAUGGAGAGUUUUCUGCAAAAAGGGAUGUGACGCCGAUAGUGACACAUGGGAAGAUUGUAUUGUAGCCUGCAGUGAGAUAUGCUACAAAGAUCCUGUGCUAAAGGACCGACAAUGGAGUGCAUAUAUUGAUCGUUCUCCUGGAGCUGCCAGCUACUCUGAGGAAUGCUUUCACGCGUGUAUCUCAGGCUGUGGUUACAAGUUUGAAGUUGAAUCUGAGGAAGUCAAGAAGGUGAAACCAAAGAGACCACCACCACCACUACCAAAGCCACAACCACCACCACGAGCUAAAACACCAAUGCAGUCUCCUUCGGAGGAUGUUCCUACAACUUCUGCCUGACAUCAAAAACACCCUUUUGUGAACUAACUUCUUAAAACUUCUCAAUUUUUUGGUAUCUAACAUCUGAGGGAGUAGUAGUGUUCAGGGUAGCAAACUCAAAAGCAGUUGAUCCAUUUUCUUGAUAUAGUUUUGUAAUGGAUAGUAUAUUAGUGGGACUCGUCCCAUGGAUGGAUUUUAUGGCCUUUUUGGUCCAUAAGGAAUAUAGUAAUGAACUAGAAUAUC